UGGAACGGUCUGUCUGUCUGAAACAGUUCGUCUGAUCUACUAGCUAGCUCAUGUACACGCUGCAAGAAGCCAAGAGGGCUCUUCCACAGCCGGCCGUCCUUCCCUACCCUACCCUACAGACACGACGUCACGACGUCACUCCACCCCACCCCACUCCACACAGCGCUGACCCAUCACAACCCACACCCAGCCAGCCAGACCGCAUGAAACACUCGGUUGCUCAUCCUGACUGAACCCCAGACAGGCAGGCAGGCGGAGAUCAGGCAGGCACGACAGCACCACGAUAAGCGCUGCUUUUGUGUGUUUGGAUGGGCAGAGGAAAAACACAACCCUCCUCACACUUACAUACAUACCCCUACACCCCCCGCAGCCAAGCACUGCCGACUCGCACCAAGCACUUGUACACGGCCUGAGGUGAGAGAAGCAAAGCCAACGUUGAGGAAGGGAAGGGAUUCGCGCCUGUCUGCCGGGUGAGCUGGUCUAUCUGACACACGCACCCUGUUGUGUAUGUGUUUAGAUGGGGAGUCCCUCGCGUGAGGGGAUCAGGAUGGGCUCGGGCACAUGCUCGGUGUUCCACGCGUACUGCAGGUCGCAGUAGUGGUAUUUCGACCACACCGUGUCGUAGUACUUCUGGUGCUGCAGCAGCCACACACACACACAGACACACACCCCACAGAUCCAUCGCGAGACGCAGCCGACACGGUGGUCUCCCCUGUGCCCUGCUGCCUUCCGCCACUCUCUCUCUCCCUGCCUGCCUGCCUGCCCGCUCUGCCUGCCUGAUGCUCUCGCCCACCUUGCUGUAGUAGUGGUUGAGUUCCCACUUGGUCAUGACGACGCCAAAUCCGGCCGAGAAGAGCAUGAAGUUGAGCAGCCACCAGUGCGUCAUGAGGGGCGUCCCCUUGGGCAGCGUCGUGGGCGGCCCUGUGUGCACUAUGGCGGCGUGCUUGCCAUGCGCCAGAUGCGGGUCGAACUCCGGCGUCGACUGCGGGAAACGAGCUCCCACACGAGCAUUGGUCGUUAGGAGGGGACGCGUCAGCCGCAGCAACAUCGCUGAUCUUCCAACCUGCG